AGAACACGGUUCUUCCUUUUUGCUCUGCAAAACUGAGAUAGCGAAGAAGGGGUAUCUGGAAGAUACGCCCUUGCGUGAAGAGGCACGACAUGGUAGCAGCCUGAAUUUUCCCUCGUCCUGGCCGCGGUGUGAUCGCGGAGUCCCACUGCAGAUGACCCACUAGGAAUGCUGCCCUGCAGGGGGAAGAGAAGCCCUGUGGGCACCCUGCUUCCGAAACCGCACCAGGGAUUUGCGUGUUUGCCUCUGUAGGGCACUCCUUCCCUGCUUUACCGCCUGCCUGCUUCCACAGGAAAGCUCUUCGAGGAGCUUGCCUGGAUUUCUGCAGGGAGCCGUCAUAAAUACGGGUGAAUUUCCAAAUUUCCACACGGGUGCGAGACUGGCAAGAUGAGGAAAAGAAACUGAAGAACAGAAACUCUGUGAGAAAGGGGCGAAGAAGCAGACACCUAAGGCUAGCCGUGGUUUCUCCCUAAAGGACGUGCCGCCUCUCUGACACAAGGUACGAGCCGAGCGUGGGGUGAGCACCGAGGGGCUGUGCUGUGCAGGGGCUCAGGCCAGAGCCCGGUGUGAUUGCUUUUGUGUGGGACUUGAUCGGCAGGACCACAGCACGGCUUGGUCUCGCCGUUUCUGUCACUGCUGGCUUCCCCAGGCCCAGCAGGAUGUUCCUCAUGGAGCGUCCUGGUCCCACCAGGGUCAGGGCAGCAACUGCAGCUCGCACUGCACCAGCUGAGAGGUCACUGGCUGGCCCCUGUGAGGGUCAAAUGUGGCAGAAACCCAAAACUUUUUCAGCAGGGGUAGCUUAAUUUCUGGCCUCUAAUGAGCUGAGUCCUUGGAGGGUCAGCAGGAAACAGAGGCUGGAUGGGAGGAGGAGGAGGGAAGUGGUCUCCCAGCAAGGACUCCCGGCUUGGUGGCUUCUCACCGCCCGACCACCCCUGCUGCCUUCCUGGGUGAAAACCUCCAUGUAGCAGAUCUGCGGCUGGUGAAGGGCCAUGGUGCUGUGCCUGUGUCAGUCAUGGCAGUGAAAAUGCCUGGCGGUAGAGAGGGUGGCAGCGGGUACAGCUCCAGCAUGGCCUGGGAGCAUCACUCAUGCAAAGGAGCAGGGCGGCCCCAGGAGAGCAGUGGUGUGUGGUCAGAGGAGCUGUGAAAUGCAGCAGAAGGGGAUGAGGUCAGCAGGAAAUCUCCGCUGUCAGAGCGAGGGGUCUGCAGGAGGCAGAGGGCUGGCAUGUUACGUUGCAGAGCUGGAAGAUGUCUGAGGUGAUCUUGCUGAGGUUUGAACUUAUUUCCAGAUGUGGCACGUAGAGACCAUUUGCUCAUCCACGACAAGAAGAUCUGUGCUUUUUUUUUUUUUUAAUAAACCCACGGGAGUUUUUCCACUGGCCUUUGCACCAAGUCCAUCAAAUGCCUGCUCUUUUUUUAGCAAGCAAAGGGAGCAGGUUCAAACCACUUCUUCCUUGCUUGCGCAAGGGCCUUGUGCGUGUGUGCGGAUAACCACUGAGGCAGCCGCUCUUCGCCAGGCGGAAAACCCCAGGACACAUGGGCAGUGUCGCUGCGCUGUCACUGGGCUGCGGCACCUGGGCACUUCCCUUGGUCGACGGGAUCCCAUCCUUAUCUUAACUGGGGUGAUAUCUAACUCAAUUAGACCGAGUCAAAGCCACACCAAACGCGCAGCCAGGCAGGUUGGACGAGCGAUGCUACAUGCAUCGUGCGUCAGCAGGUGUAAAAGCCGGUUGUAUCUGCUAUGGGUGAUGUGUGCGUAAAGCAUAGGAAAGCCAUUCCUAAUGUUAUCUUUCAGAUGACCUCAUGUGACUGUCAGAAAAAUGUAUUGCGCCAUGUUUAAGGAAACCAUGGGUUCUUCAUAUAAAUAGCACGGCUCACUUGUAAAUCCUGAAGAACCAGCCACCUCCCAAAACAACCGAAAGAAUGUUUUGGGGAGAAGCAACCUUGGGAAUGAAUGUGCAGAGAUGCAGCAAGAGGGAACAGGGACGAGUCAGGAAGGCCGGUGCAGCACAAAACCUGCACGAUGCAUAUGUGACUGCUGUCUCUGUAGGGAGGAAACAUUUACAGUGCUAGCUUUUUGAAAAGGAGGGAAAUGGAAGGUGUGAUGUUAUUACUGGUGAUCACUGUUCUAUGGUCUAAAAAAGUGUUCUACUACCUAGCUGGGGACAAAAACAACAGACAAAGCCUUGACACUGGUAGAAAGAAGGAAGGCUUUUACCUUCACAAACAAAACCUGACCUUCAGGCAACAUCCUAGAAAGAAAAAAAAUGUCAUGAGGAUCUCAUCCUCAUGUUCUGUGUUGUUUGGGAGAAAAUAAAGUGAAAAAUGAACAGCAUAACUCUAGUAGGCCCUAGUGAUGACCAUGAUUUCUCACCUGGGUUGCACUUUAAUGGCACUCCCGUGUGACUGUUGCAAAUUUUCCAGAAGAUCCCAGAGAGAGUUAUCCAAGAAGAAUGGUUCCGGAGUAGCUUUCAGGAAGGUCUGAACAACUGAAGUACUUGUGGUCAUGGGCUCAGUAGCAGAGAUAAGGACAGACAUCAAGAGAUCUUGUCAAAAUGGGGUGUAAGAAGAUGGAAGUUUUCAUCUGACCCCCAGAGACCAGCAUGAUGUGAAAAUCCCGUGUCUGGCAGAGGCAUUGCUGCGGUGGCUGGAUUGAAGCUUUGUUCUCUCGAGGGGCCUGCAGACCCAGCCCCUGCCUGGUCCUGCCAUCAUGUUCCCGGGGGCUGCCAAGGAUUUGGGAACAGACAUUGUUUCCUUCUGGAAGUCGGCUAUAGCCUACUGUGGUAGUUGAUAUAGCCAAUGUAGACAAUCAUUUCUCCACACUGACAAAGCUGCGCAUAUUUGUCUUGGCUCUGUUCUUCUUUCAGUUGGUCACUUUACAAGCUCGGAGCUGGAACAUCCCUUCGGCAUUGUGUGGGAAGACAAUAUUAACAAGAGCACUGUGUUCUGUGCCUGUGAGCCUCUUGACAUUUUGUUGCUGCGACUUGAGAGAAGGACACCCUAUGACGUUCUAGAACAGGCACUAAUGGAAGGCCCUUUGCAAACCUCCGUUCAUGUGUGCCACGAAAAUGGUCAAUGGAUGUCAAAAUUACCUGAAAAGCUCUGGGAUAUUCCCCUCUAUAACUUAUCUCUUCCAGGGAGUCACGACACUAUGACGUACUGCUUGGAUAGAAACUCUGCCGUUAGUGGCAAUGAAUCGAAGCUGGUGGAGAUUUUAAAUAAAUUUAUGCCCUGCAUUGUACGCCCUAUCAUUAUGAAGUGGUCUAUAACACAGGUACUGACUGUGACGGAGCAACUUGAGGCCGGAGUUAGAUACUUGGAUUUUAGGAUUGCCCACAAGGCUAACGAUCCAUCAAUGAAUCUGUACUUCGUGCAUAUGGUAUACACGACUGUUGUUGUACAGGAUAUUCUGUGGGAAGUGUUAAAGUGGUUGGAAACUCAUCCUCAGGAAGUUGUUAUCUUAGCCUGCAGGAAUUUUGACGGAUUAAACAAGAAACUUCACUGUCAUCUUAUUGCCUGUAUAAAAGAGAUUUUCCAGUGUAAGCUGUGUCCCAGAAAUGUGGUUCCAACGCUGCGGACCAUGUGGCAGCAUGGCUACCAGGUCAUAGUCUCGUAUGAAGAAGACGUGGAAGUGGAGAAGCACUGCGAGCUGUGGCCUGCCAUCCCGUACUGGUGGGGGAACAGAACUUCCACUCACGCUCUCAUCCAGUAUCUGGAGCGCAUGAAGCGGAUGGGGCGACCAGAAAAAUUCUUUGUUGCGGGCAUUAACCUUACUGAAAAUUUAAGAUACAUUCUUUUACACCCAUUUGGAUCACUGAAGGACAUGACACUCCGGAGUCUUCCAUGCUUGAAAAUCUGGGUGAGGCAGCAGUAUCCAGGAGCACAAAAAGAAUGUAUUAACAUCAUUGCUGGAGACUUCAUAGGAAACGAUGAUUUUGUCAGAGACGUGAUAGAACUUAACACAAAAAUUAAUCCUCCAUUAGACUGUCAUAGCAAAGCAGCAGGAACAAAUAACAUUUCGUUCUCAGCUUUAUAAUCUUUGUAAAGCUGAAAAGACUUUGUGUGCAUUGUGUUUCCUGGUUUAAACAUCUUGGAGUACAUAAAGGUCCAGUUAACUUAAACCAGGGAUGUUUUAAAAACUCAUUAAGAGAAGUGCUCUCAAAAUCAUCAGGCUUUCAAAGCGUUUUCUUGAAAAAGAGAGCAGGAAGAUCUUGCUGAAGUCUCUAGAGAACUAUGAUGUGGGUAUAAUUUACUUAGAGGUGCUUAGAUUCAGUAGCAGCUGGCAAUAUUGUAAGUCUCAAGAACUAACUCCUAUUUUAUUUUACAUCUAAGUAAGAAGGAGAAAUAUAAUGUCCCUAGUUGCACAAAUUGUUUUGUGAUUUUAUUUUUCUUGGAGUUUAAAAGAUAUUCUGCACAUACUUGCAACCCCAAUUUUCAGUAUUUUAUCAGUGUGAAACUGACUUGUCUGUUUUCAUAGUCUGUAUUAAAUAUGCAAUAUGAAAAGUUUUAAAAUGUUGUUGAUAUAUGAAAGGUAAGGUACUGACACACUGCUGUUGUGUGCUGAGUAUCAGUUGUGAACCAUUUUACUAGCAGGUUAGUCACAACAUUCUUCACGAUUUGUGAGAUAUGUGCAUUGGAACACUUUCUUUACUAUUUUUAUCAUUCAUGCCCCUUCUGCAGUUGAUCCGAAGAUACCGCAGCCAGGCCCCUGGACAGUUUUGUCUGCUGCAGUAAAAUGUGUUUUAUUAGGAGCUGCCAAAAUACCCUUUACACUGAAAAUAAACACACAUGAAACUUAUUUCUAAUCUAAACUCAGACUGCUCUAAAAAUACAGUUCUUGAGCUUGUCAUGUUCGUUUGAGGUUUCACAACUGGUCUUCCUUUAUAACAUAUUUUUGUAGCACUAUAGUUAUAUUUCCUCUCAGUAAGUAUUCUUUGCUUGCGUAAAUGCUGUUUUUAUGCUGCUUGGCACUGUAAAUUAGUUCUAUUUUUCUGAUUUUUAAAUGGACUGUGCAAUAACAUGAUCAUGAAGGUAAGAAAAAUGCCAAGUAUCAGGGCUAAAAGAAAGCAGGCAUUGUAUAAAGUUCACUAUGCAGCGUCAUCAAUAUACCUCACUUUUGAUAUGCACUUUACAUGGAAAAGCUGAGUUCAGGUGUCUGGCAAGAUGCUCAUGUUUGUAGUAGAUGGUUGCAUAACUCUGAAAUCAACUGCUACUUGAUACCAGAUCAAAGUUACCUUUGACUUCUAGGAAUGAAAGGCCAAGAUGCUCACUCCUCGUGCAAUCUCCCACAAUUGCAGAUGACAUAGGAGUGAAAACCAAACAUUCCAUUGAGAAGACUUUCUAAAUGCUUUUUUUUUUUUAAUGGGCCUUCUUAUCCGUGUUCUCACCUCUAUUUACUUCAUAUAGAGCAGUCAUUCAGUUUAAUUUUUUAAAGAGUCACCACCUGCAUCAAGUGUUAUUAUAACUCAGAAUGUUUUUCUGCCUAUCUUUUGUACCCUUCAAGUGUCUUGUUACUUUACCUAAUAAAACUUGAUCUGUUUGUGUAAUAAAGACUGAAA